CUGGGUGGUUUCACAGGGAGCAGAGGCAUUUGAGUCAGGGCAUACAUGCCUCAGCUGUGAGAGGCCCAACUCCCCUUGGCUGGCUGGCAUCGCAGAGCAGAGGCAGAGAGAGACAGAGACUGAGGGUGAAGAGAAAGUUAAAGCAGAAAGUAGACGAGGAAGAGGCAAACAAGUGUUUGAGAAAGUUGUCUGACAAAAGAAGAAGAAGAAGAAGAAGAAGAAGAAGAAGAAGAAGAAAGGAUUAGGGACUGAGUUCUGUGCAGCGUGGCUCCUGCAGGUUGUUUUUCAGUAGUGUAUUUUUAUCUGUAGUGAGUGUGCAGGCGGUUUGUAUUCAGAGAUGACAGCCAUGGCCGAUACAGGUGUCAAAAAGGAGCACGCAGCUCUCGUAGAAUUGUCUUAUGAUGAUGAUGACGAAGUAGCUCUGGUGAGUGCUGCCACAGAGCCGGCCGUAGAAGAUGAUGACCCUGCUGCGGAGGUGGACCUGGUGCUGGCCACCGGCCCUGGAGGCAAGAGUGAAGCGCAGAUGAACGGGGUCAUGGUCCUGUCUCUGCUCGACAAGAUUAUUGGGGUGGUAGACCAGAUCCAGCAGACCCAGAAUGGGCUCGAGGCCCGGCAGGGAUCCAUGGAGAAGUCAGUUUCAACCAUCCAAGGGGAACUGGCUAAGUUGUCCAAGAACCACGUCGGGACAGCCAACACUGUCAACAAAAUGCUGGAUAAGGUACGCAAGGUCAGCGUCAACGUCAAGUCGGUGCGCAGCAACCUGGAGAAGCAGGCAGGCCAGAUCAAGAAGCUGGAGAGCAACGAGAGCGAGCUGCUCAAGAGACGCAACUUCAAAGUCCUCAUCUACCAGGACCAAGUGAAGCCUCCGAAGACAUCCAAAUCCAAGACAGCGGAGACCGUGGUUGAAGGCAAAGCCGUGGAGGGCCUUGAGCAGAUAUGUGAGGGACAAGAGGAACUCUCAGAUAAUCACAAUUCCGAAGACGAAGUGGAGAUUGAGGAGAUUAUCGAGGAGUCUCGUACCAAGCGCCUCCAACGCACCACCAAGCAGCAAGUGGACAACAUAAAGAAAGCCUUCUCCAAAGAGAAAAUGGAGAAGACCAAAGUAAAGACAAAGGAGAACUUGGAGAAGACCAGGCAGAGAACCCGUGAGAACCUGGAGAAGACAAAACAGAGAACCCGUGACAAAAUGGAGAAAACCAAGCACAGCCUGGAGAUGAAGAUGGGAAAGCUCGGGACCCGCAUGACCCCCAACAUGGAGCGCAGGGCAAAGAUGAAGACCUCCAAAGAGAAGGCGAAAAAGUCACUCACUCCCGACCACACGGUCUAUGCUCGCUCCAAGACCACUGUGUACCGCGUGCCCCCCUUCACCUUCUAUGUGAAGAAGAUCCGAGAUGGGGAGGAGGAGGUGGCGCAGAACACGGAGAUGGUGGAGGAGACCGACGCUGAGGGCCAGCCGGGCGGAGAGGAGAACGGGCUGGGUGUGCAUCUGGAGGUGGAGGAUGGGGAGCUGGUGCGAGUAGACAGCCCAGAGAUGGAGGAUCUGUUGGAGGUGACUGAGGACUCUCAGCUGGUCAGGGUGGAGCCAGACUACCCAACGAAGGCCCAAAGCGAAUAGAGCGUCCCAGCUCUGUGUGGCUGUGAGCCGAGAGAUCAAUGAAGGGUGAGGAGGGGGACGGAGUCCAAUCAUAAGGAGACAAUAUUAGUCGUGGGGACUUUCUAGACGUGAUCACAAUCUAUGACAUCUCUUUUGUUUUCUGUAACCAACAGGGAUGACUUUCAUAUGUUCUCCUCUUUAGCAUACAAAUAAGAAAAACAUAAGAAAAGCAAAGCUAGCUUAUGAAACAUGGUUUAGGGUUAGGGUUAUGUAUGUUUGGGCUAUUUGCUGUUGGUUUGAUCAUUUGAGUGGCUAUAAGAAUAAAAAAAGGUAUAAAUAGUUUUUGCUAUUGAUGAUGUAAUGUAUAAUCUAAUAUUUGCAAUGUAUGAUAUGCACCUGAGCAGGUGUGGUAACAAGAAGUCGUUGGCAGG